UUGUCCCACAACUCUUGCACUGGCCUCCAUAUUACUCACUUUAUGUAAACAUAGACUGUAAAGAUGCGCUGCUUUUUCAGUGUAUCUAUUUGAAACGCGUUGGGAUAGCGUAGCAGCCAGAAUAUUUAAUGUGGGUAAAUACACACCUGUUUUUCCCCCUAACGUUCACGUGGAGUUACGUAAAAUGUUCAGGAAUAAUUAUCAGGGUGGAGCUGUGGUUGAGAUCUUCAGCGGACAGGGAAAAGACCCUGUAGCAAAAUGGAAACUCUGUGGUGGGCCGUCGGCUAUAUACAAGGAGUAUAAUAAAGAAGUCAAAGGAUUUGUUUACUGCCUGGAGGGAAGCAGCCAGACAGUCAAGAUGCAAAUGCCAGAGAGUGUGAAAAUGUCUCUUGGGCUUCUGCAAAGAUUCUUGGUCCUUCAAGUGAAUAUUCCUCAGUGCAAAGACUUUUCUAUUGAGUUGGUGAUAACUGAUUCAGAGCACCUGAAAAGAAGACUUCAUUUAUCAACAGUGCAUAAAGAGUUGUCUGUCACAAUUUUACAUGCAAAGAUACCUUUUGUGGGAUUGAAACGGAAUAUUUGGUCUACUUUGUGCCUCGACCUUGAAUCCUUCACUGCUGAACUGUUUAAAGGAUUUUUGACACUGGAUGGCAUCACUUUGUUUGCGACCUGUAAAGUCCGCAGAAUCUUCACCAUGAAAACAGAGCCUACAGGAAUGUCAGAUACUGAUAUGUUUCUCAGUGGAGCUGGUCUCACGGACUUGAUCCCUCGUGGCUGCCAGUUCCCACCAGAUGUAAACCAUGUAACUCAGAUGUUUAACAUGGAGAAUUUGAAAAAGACAGAGAUGAGGACUGGCCUUGUGAAUUCUGACCGUGUUCGUGAUCAGUCUGGCACUGCCAGAUCAACCGGUUACCGACAAACCAGGCCCCAGGGUGUUUUACAAAUAGCCUCAGGCUCCAGGACUUCAGGACCACCUCCGCAAACUGGAAGAAAAAGCAGUGCAGCCUCAGACGGAAUAGAUAGAAAUGUACUCUUUAUCUUAAAUACGGGAUCCCCAUUCAGUAGAAGGAACCAAAAAGUCUCCACUGAAAGUCAGAGCAUUGCCAAACUGAGUGAGAAUUUAUCAGAUGGAGAGCCGUCCCUCAUUGUUCAUGGAGGAACACCUGGCGGGUUACAGCCUCAUCCGCCAACAGACAAGCAGGGAUCAAGGAAGCUGCGGGUCCUCAGUGCUGGGAGAGAGAGGCUAGCAUCAUCAGCCCAUUCAGAUGCUGCGCAUGGUCACCACAGACAGAGGAGUAAAACCAGGGAGAAGUGCACUCCUCCAUCCAGUUGCCGAGAGGGCAGGCAGCAACCUCUGAUCCUAACAAAAAAGACAAAACACCUAACAGCAGAUGAGGUCAUUGCUGCAGAGGAAAGUUCCAGAGCUGCUCUCAACUCAGCAGAGUGUCUCUCCUGCUCGAUCUGUCCAGGUUUGUCUUCUGACCUGCAGGUCUGGAGCAGCUGGGAGAGUAAUGAGGGGUCUGAGCCCCAACUCACUCUGCAAGAGGAGGUGUUCAUUUUCUCAUCCCAGCCUCACUCACCCAAACGAGGGCAAGGCCAGGGUGACCAGGAGAAGAUGGAGAUGGGAGAUGACCAGGUUCAGAGCAAGAGUAGGAGGCGGUAUGAGGCUCAGCCUGAAGAUGACUUUAUCGGCAGUGAAAGUGAUGAGGAUAAGAGCUAUGCCACGUUCCAGCAACAAAGAACUAGCAUCGAAUCCAACCCUGCUACUCCCAGAAAUCCUGAUCCAACUUUGAAUGUCCAUCCUGAAUCUCAUAAGAUGAACCAAACUUCGCUAAAAGAGCUUAGUCCAGCCACCACCAAUACUCAGUCUCCUUCCAUUGGGAGAGCUGAAGUAGCUGGGAUGGUCCCUACACGCUGCCUCUCUCCCAGUGCGAGACUGAGCAGACUGGAACACAAGUGUGGCCCGUGUGGAUCAGAGGUAAUGAAACAGGUUCUGGAUGGGAACAGCAGUGUAACACUUUCUAGGAGACUCCUGAAAAAAGUCAAAUUGGCUGACUCCCCGCAGCACAAGGAAGAAGAAGAUGAGAAACUGGAGCCUGUUGAUUCCAGUCAUUACGACUCACACCUGCUUGGCAGUCUAAGGAUGCAUGGGGAUGAUGAUGAGGAGCUCCGAAUGCUGGCAAGCCUAAAAAGGGAGCAGGAGGAAGAUGAGUGUAGAGCCUCGGGCCUCAGUGCAUCUCAGAUCCACCAGUGUAAUGUCAGCAUCAGUAUGAGCAGUGACGACGCCUCGACAUGGACCCACAUCUCCAUGCCAGCUAAUCAGGGUCACCACUACCAAAAUGAAAUAAACCCCCUCCUACACUCAAAUCCCAGGGAGUGGAUGGACGUGCUCAGCCCUCCUAUUAUGCCUCCCAGCCAGCGGAGAAGGUCAGGGAAUACAUGGAACAACAGGGAAUAUCAAGUCGAAGGAGAGGAUGAGCCUGUGAAUGAAGAGGGGAACAAGGACGAGUAUUUGAAUCUGCUUUAUGAUCCUUGCCUGAACUGCUACUUCGAUCCAAAGACGGGGAAGUACUAUGAACUAGCUUGACUCGAAGCUCAAGAGAAUCAGAAUUAAUAAAUUACAUGUCAUUGACUGUGGAUAAAUGGCUUCAGGAUUUUUUUUUUUUUUUUUUAGGCCUAGCUUAUUGAUCAGUAGUGAAUAUCCUACUCACAAAAACCUUUUCAUGCUUUUUUGGGGGAACUAACAGGAGCUUUGCAUCACUAUAAGUAGUGUCAUGUUAAGGGAGAUAGACUCAAUAAAUCAGAUACAAGCUUUUUGCAAGAAUUGAAGUAGCUGCCCAUUCACCAGCACAUCUGAUGGUAAAACGUCUUUUCAGUCUUAGCUAUCAAAUUAAUAUGAAAGCCCUCUGAUAGAACAUCCUAGAACUUCUUUUCAUUAAAAGUAUGACAUUGACAUAAUUUUUUUACAGUAUGAGGCCGUUUUGUUCUUUAUGAUAAUUUAAUCAUUGAUGCAUGUGUAUAUACCGUAUUGUUUUAAUUAAAUUUGAAUUGAAACAGCAGUCGUUCUGAUUUCUUCCUGUGUUUACCUCAGUUUUAAUUAAUUGCAGCAGG